AUUGCACAAAGUUGACGAGGAGCAGAAAGAAGACAACAGUGCACCAACACAACUGAACACAGACAGCAGACAUGGGAGUGGGCGACUUUCUGAGCAAGAGUGAGCUCUCCUUCAUCAAGGAAGGCGACGGCACACGCAUGCUACCCGAUCUGGACUCUCUCAAGUCCCCAUUCGUAUCCCUCGCAGGCAGCGUCAUCGACGGCUUCGACGACCUGUCCACGAGCGUGAAGAAGUCCGGCAUGUACUUUGCGAUUGGACUGGCGAGCGCGGGCCUGUUCAUUGGCUGUGGGAUCGUCGUCAGUACCGUACUGGGCGCGUAUUUGCAGCAACAGGAGGUGUUUGUGCCAAAGCACAAGAAGUCCCGGCCCAGCCAUGAUGACAACCGCACCGCAAGACGAUGAUGGUGGUGAUGAUGUCCACAGUUUGCUUCACCUUUGCAGUCUCGUUCUCACUCUCUCUUUCUGCUUUAUCUUCCUUGAUCAGGAGUCCCGCCGCCAUUGGUAUUCAUCUCCCUUCGUGUAAUCAUAACCGGCAGAUAGCCCACGUGUCUUGCAAGUAAACGAAUGUACAUGGA